CGCGGAGAAGGAACUCCCGUAUACCAGUGCCUCGUCGAGACUGAAAAUCAGGCAGUGUUUUCGUCGGCUUUGCGCGUCUUAAAUGACAUUGCCCCUGAAGCUUGUGCAUCAGUUAAAACCUUGCUGAGCGAUACCAGCCAUGUAUUUGUCAAUUCGUGGAGGGAAGUAGGUAAUCCGCACAUCGUUUGGAACGUGUGUCAUUGGCAUCUCGAAAAAAGCUGGACGAAGAACAUCAAGACGCCUGAGAUGUUACAAGAUAUCAAAAAGUUGAGACUCCUUAUAAAGGAGCAAGAUUUCUCUUUGGAGUUGACAAGCAUUCAUGAAAAAUAGGGAAAUUUCAAUGAUAGUACCAAAAAAAAUAGGACGUAUUUCGAAACGAAUUAUGGGAUCGACGGACGUCAAGCUCCAAUUCGAGCAUGGGCUCGUUUUCAACAUUAGGGGCUCCUCCCCAUAAUCUCCACAUUGAACGCUACCAUCGCACCAUUAAGACCAUACUGUAGCCAAACUUUUCCAUUGUCAGAUUUUGUUUCGGGCUCCAAGACAUUGCAAGGUUUUUUGAACGCAAGCACUUGCUGGUGAAAGACAAUAUUCGAAGCAUUGGAAACUCGAAGAGUCAAACAGACUACAAUAAAUGCCAUCCAGAGUCAUUGAAUGAUUAUGUGGUGGAGAAGUCCGAGCAAUCGUUCAAGGUGACUAAGAGACUAGAUGGAGGAGAAAUAAAGACAUACGUCUUGGAGAAAAAUCGAUUCCCUUGCAACUCUGCCCGGUGUCUGGUGCGAUGUGAUAAAUGCCCAGGGAAGGCAUUGUGUGCUCACAUAUUCACUUGCGAAUGCAAAAAGUAUGCUUACUGUAAUAUGUGCAAACAUUCGCAUAUCUUGGCCAUGUCCGAAAACACAUGGAUUUCAUCGACUGGUCAACACGACAAUUUAGACGAUAAAACCUACUCGCAUGUUUGCCAGCCCACAACAGCGGAUGCUCAUGGGGCUCUUGAUGCCCUCUCUGAAGAUGAUGCUAAGCGAUGCCAUGUGUCAAAACUGAUGCCCAACCCUGUGCCCAACCCUCCGUCCAAUCCUUCGCCCGAUCCUCCACCAGCAUUUGAACCUUAUGUGAAGAAAUUUGAGAUCAUCGCCAAAUUUAUGAGCUCCACGCAAAUUAGCAAUGAGGCUAAGACAACUUUGAUCCAGAAACUUAGAACCCUUCCACUUGAUAUGAUUGAGGUCAAGAACAACCCCGAUAUGUUUCCCAAAAUCGUUCGAAAACGAAAUCAUGAUCCUCAGAGCCGCAGUUUUUUCCGUCACCAAAAAAAACGAAGCCUGAAGGAGAAACCUAACUUUUGCUCAGACAUAGCUCAGCCAUGGAUCCUGCCCAGACAUGGGUCGGGUCAACUUGAUCAUGAGCCAGCUCUGACAUGGGCUAGCUCGGAUUUGGCCCAGCUCAGACUCAAAAUAUCCACCCCAUCAACCCAGCCAUGACCCAGCCCGACUCGAAACCUGUUUUUUUGGGCCCAGCCCAGCUCAUGAGCUGGAAACUGUCAAUCCAGCUCAGCUCAAAAUGAGCCACCUUCCUCUCACCUCAGCCAUGGAGUGGAAUGGAAAGCUCGGUUGAAGAUCGAAC